CAAGAAAAGAUGAAGACUGUAGUUGUAUUUCUCUCAGGGAAUAAUACUCUCCAUGACGUGUUACAAUCACAGCUGUCAGAAAGCGAAGAGAGCAAAGAAGAACAAGACUUGGAGCUGCCAUCGGAGGAAGAGAAAGAAAGACUUAAAGGACUUGAAAAUAAGCAGCCACAGGUCGAAGAAGAAAUGAAGCAGCACACAAGUAAUAACAGGAAAUUAUCCGAAAGCCUACCUGAUGGUGCUGCUGCUGGCAGUGAAGACGAUGGACUUAAUCAGCAGUUUCCUAGGAAAGAGAAUGGAGUGCAUGACAGGGCUGAAAAUAAAACAUCUACUGGAAAGAACCAGGUCAAAAACCAAAUACAUUCUGGGGCUGACUUUGCUGACUCAAUGCAACCAUCUGAAACAGACUCAGAAUGCAAGUUGUCUCACUCUACUUAUGAGAAUAUUUUGUUGCAGAUUGAACAACUUAAAAUGGAGUGUAAAGAGUCUGUUAGCCUAUCAAGAAUCGAGGAUGCAUUUCAUUUAUAUGAACACUUACUGGAACUUAAGACUAAUGACUGUGAACGACUUAUAGCAGAAAUUAAACAAAUGGGAAAUAUGGUUAGUGUACUACAAAAGGAGCUCUCUGAAACAAAAGAGACAAAAUUACAGUUAGAGCAUCAGAAGAUUGAAUGGGAACGAGAGCUGCACAGGUUGAGACUUACCUUAAAACAAGAAAAAGAGAAGAAAGAAAAUGCCAAAAUGUUGUGUAAUAAAGUUAGUGAACAGUUAAGAAUAAAAGAAGAGGAAUGUAGAGAAAAGGCUGGAAUGACGCAAGGACUUAAACGGACUCUGAGAAAACCCAUUAAGGAAUUGAGGAUGGACAAAAUGAAGGCUGAUAUGUCUGACCUACAAGCUAGGAAUGAGAUUCUUUCUGAAAAACUUUCUAAUGCUGAAAAUGAAAUCAUCAGCCUACAAAUUCAGCUCCAUAAUCCAACAGAUGCUGUUGGAGAACAGAAUUUGAUUUUGGAAUGUGUGCAAAGAGACCUCAGCCAAACACAGUGUCAGAAGAAAGAAAUUGAACAAAUGCACCAAACUCAACAAAGAAACCUGAAGAAAUACAUUGCAAAGCAGGAAUCUGUAGAAGAGAAACUAUUUUAAUUAGAAAAUAAAAAUACGUUGCUUCGACAGCAACUGGAUGAUGCUCACAAGAAAGUGAACAGACUAGAAAAGACAAUCAGUACUCUCCAUGACCAGUUUCAGGCUCUUGCCAGUAAUAUUCGAGCUGAGAGUGAAAAGCAGAGUCUUCUACACAAGAGAAUGAGGAAUUGCUGGAUGAAUGUAAUUAUUUAAAAAAAAGAAUGGAUCAAUGUGAGAAAUAGAAAGCAGGAAGAAAAGUAUUAA